AUGAAGCCCCACCGGCUCUUCAUAGCUGUGAGAAGCUUUUCGGGGGAAGCCAAGUCAGGUGGGGAGGUGAAGGUCUCUAAAGGUAGCCUCCUGCGUCAAGAAGACCCCCACAGGGCCUCCUCGGAGGGGUCUUUUUGGGCCAAGGUCUUGGACACCGAGAAAGUGGUCCGAGUCUCUUCUUCCGCCGUCAAGGAACUGACCGGCACCCACGCCGGGCUCUUGGAGGCCGUGACCAACGGAGAGGAGCGCCUGGGACUUUUCAAUCAGGAGCGGCUGAUGCGGAGGCUCAGUUCCCUCCAGAGAGGGGACCCAGUCCGGGUCCAGAUUACUUCCGCCUCCGGGCAGAAAGUUCAAGGCAUCGUCCGUUACCGAGGUCCCAUAGAGAAGAACAAACGUGAUACAAGUAUCAUCUUUGGAGUAGAGCUGGUGGGUUCGGCCGCUGGGAAAGGUUUCACCGACGGCUCCUUCAAAGGCCAGAAAUUCUUCUCUUGUCAAGAGAACUGCGGGGUCUUUGUGCCCGUCAACCGUAUUGAGCCGGACGACUCCGUGAAGGGCAGUCCUCCAGCGCCUCCAGGAGGCAACGCCAGGGAGUGCACAAGAAUCCAGCUGACAUCUGGAGAUCCUCUGUCGUCUCCCGGGCUGGAGAUCGGGGACCGUGUUUUCUUCAAGAUGGAAGACAGCACCCCUACUGGUACCGUGGUGUACUGCAACUACCUGCCCAAGAAAAUGGAGACUGGGGUGUUUGUGGGGAUACACCUGGACAAGCCAGUUGGUUCCUGGGAUGGUUAUUUCAAAGAACGCAAGCUCUGCCAUAUCCCAGCGCCAGAGUAUGGGAUUCUCUUGCCGAUUUCUAAAGUACAGAAAGAACAGCCUGACAGGAGCCCUGAGGCUUUGGACAGCAGCACCUCCCCACCCAGCUCGGCCUUUUUUGAUUGCUCAUCCCCCCCAUCCAUCCGGUACCCCCCAAGGAUGGAGGGGUGUUCACCCAAGGAGCCUUCCUCCCUGCUCCAUUCCCUUGGCUCAGAGAAGCAAAAAGGCAGGAACGGUGAGAGAAAGGAGGAGGAGGAGGAAGAGGGGGGUGAAGAAGACAAGGAGGAAGAGGAUGAACCAUAUGAACACCAUCUCCUGGAGAUCAACUCCAUGGUAGAAGUUAACUAUCCACCAAUCUACGGAGUGAUCCGCUGGAUUGGGGAUCUACUUGACAUGGAAGAAACGAUUGCUGGACUGGAGCUGGAGGAGCCGCUGUCUUCGGGCUGCACGGAUGGACAGUACCGAGGGGUCCGCUACUUCCAUUGCCCGCCCAACAAGGCCCUCUUUGUCCGGUUGCGCCGCUGCCGGCCCGACUCCCGUUUCGGCAUGGAGCAGAAUCUGGAGAAUCCCGUUUUGCGAUGCAAUUCCCUGGAUUUCCACGUGUAUACCAGUGCGAAAGUGGAAGAGGACACGCCGCCGCCGCCGUUGGGUGAUCGUGGCAUGGAGCAUCUCUUGGGAUGGAAGAAAGGGAUCCAGGGACAUUGCAACUCCUGUUAUCUAGACGCCACGCUUUUCUGUAUGUUCACUUUCUCCUCGGUGCUGGAUUCGAUGCUGCUCCGUCCGGCAGACAAGAACGACGGGGAGUCUUAUACUGAGACGCGGGACCUGUUGAGGACGGAGAUAGUCAACCCUUUGCGCAAGAACGGCUACGUCUGUGCUACCAAAGUCAUGGCGCUGCGGAAAGUUCUGGAAACUGCCGGGCAUUCUUCGGGCUUCACAAGUGAAGAGAAAGACCCAGAAGAAUUUCUCACCCUGUUGUUCCGAGUCCUGAAAAUGGACCCGCUCUUCCAGAUUCGCUCGGCUGGCAAGGACCCUCACGGGUGCAUUUUCUACCAGAUCUUCACCGAGGGGCACCCCACCCAGGCGGUACCCACCGUUCAGCAGCUGCUGGAAGGGUCACUCAUCACUGCGGACCUCAAGUUCACAGAGGCCCCCUCCUGUCUCAUCCUGCAGAUGCCGAGGAACGGAAAGAACUUCAAGGCCUUCCGCACCAUCCAGCCCAGCCUGCUACUUGACAUCACUGACCUUCUGGAAGACACUCCUCGGGAAUGCUGUAUCUGCCAAGGGCUGGCGGUGACGGAGUGUCUGGAUUGCUACGGGGAUCACAGCUUUGGCUUCGGACACAUCAAACAGUUCUGCGGGACCUGCAGCCAGCAGGUUCACAAGCACCGUGCCCGGCGCUGCCACCAGCCCCGGCCGCUGCAUCUUCCUGAGGAGCUGUCCCGUAUGGGCCAUUUGCCCAACGUCAUCCCCCGUCAGACCAUGCAGCUCUUCGCCAUCCUCUGCAUCGAGACCAGCCACUACGUAGCCUUUACCCGCCACGGCUCCGAUGUCCACCAGUGGCUCUUCUUUGACAGCAUGGCUGACCGGGAGGGUGGCCUCAAUGGCUUUAAUAUCCCUCGCGUGACGACCUGUUCGGAGGUUGCGGACUACUUGGAACUGUCCCCCAAGGAGCUGCAGGACCUGGACCCCAAAACCUUGCCCCCAUGUGCUCGCCGCCUGCUCUGUGAUGCUUACAUGUGCUUCUACCAUAGCCCUUCCCUCGGCCUGUACAAAUAA